AUGCUCGUGACGAGCUCAAGAGAAAGAAUUGGCUCCAUCUCCAACGUCUUCCAUGAUCUUAUGUCGGGCCGAGGUGGAACCGCCAUUGGAUCCUCUAGUAAGGUCGACAUUUGUGUCUCCAGCAUCAAGAAGCAGAUGGUGACCCCCGUCAACGAUUGGGUCUCAGUUGUUGAUUCCGCCCUGUCCACAUGCAUAAAGAAGAAGCCAUCCGGCCAAAAUCUUGGAAUGGAGGCAAUGCUCAAUGUUGGCUGCCGAAAGGUGUUCGCUGACACAACCGGAGAGGCUGCGGGUCAACUCAAGACAGGAUUCGACUUCGUCAACAAUCUCAUCGACGCGAUGGUUGAGCGUAGUGGACGUUUCUGCGGUAAUCACUGCCUUAAAGCAUAA